GCGCCCCGGGACGACGCAGUUGGAGGCAGCACCGUCGGCAGGGAGGCGCUGCGGCGCGAGGGCGAGAGGCACCGUGUGGACGUGCGCAGGAUGGCGGGCGGUACCGAGCGCUACCUCGACUUUUACGCCUCGCUGCGGCAGGAGCUGUCACUGCAGCUCAGCCCCGCCCGCAGUGGCAGCGCAGCCGGCGGUGUCGCGGCCGGCAGCGGCGGCUGCGGCGCGCCUCUGAUCCUCUCGCAGUACUCCCCGAUGCCAACUUCGGCGCGCUUCACGGGCCACACCGCGCCGCUGGCUUGCUGGGGAUACGCAAGCGCGCCCGGGGAGGCGAGCACGGGGCCGCGCUCCGCCGACUUCCGGGUCACCUCCUCCAGCGGCGGCUCCUCCGGUGUGUCGGACUUCGCCUCGCGGGGCGAUGUCGUCGUCGAGACGGCGUCGGGCAAAAAGUUCCAGCGGCGAAAGUCGGGGGAGAGCUUUACGCGGUGGUAGGUGGUGAGCUCGUCGGAGCCGCGGACAGCUCGUCAGCUCCCUUUUCCCGGCGGUACUUCGGGUUGCCGUGCAUGAUGCCUUGGCGUGGCUCCCGUUUGCUUUAUUGGUCGUGCAUGAUUUUUUGAUUUUGUGGAGAGUUGUGCCACCAUGUGUUUUGUCUGGUUGACUGUUCUGUCUGGUGUCUCUCUCCGCUCUCUGUGCACACUGGUCUGCACUGGCCAGUCGUGUCUGUGACUCGAUGUGACGCGCUACGUACGUACAUAUUGCGUG